GCCGGUGGUGAGCUCUGCCCCUCUCUGCUGCACGCAUUCGGGUCUGGUGGUUUUUGGCCGCCGCGACGGUGGUUGCUCGCUCGCUCGUUCGUUCUUCCGAUAGCCGAAUCCGCCGUCGAAUCGAUCCCUUCUCGCGCGCUCCGAUCAUCGCCCCUCGCGAACCCGCACGGCAAGGGAGAGAGAUGAAGACGACGAAGGGAGGGAAGGUGAUGAACCCGACGGACGCGUACCGGAAGGAGCUUCGCAAGAAGGAAUUGAAACGGAACAAGAAGGAGAGGAAGAAGGUGAGGGAGGUGGGGAUUCUGAAGAAGGACCCCGACACCUUGAAGGAGCAGAUUGAGAAGCUAGAGUUGAUGAAAGCUGAUGGUGCUCUGGAUAAAGCUAGAAAGCACAAGAAGAGACAACUGGAAGACACACUUAAUCUUGUUCUAAAGAAGAGAAAGGAAUACGAAGAGAAGAUGCGUGAAAAGGGUGAAACCCCUGUCAUGUUUAGCCAUCUGGGACCCCCUCGAAGAAGGGCAAGUGCAGAUGAAGAGAGAGUCAAGCAUCCCAAGCCUGAGGAUUCAGUAUACUACCAUCCUACUCUCAAUCCCACAGGAGCCCCACCACCUGGGAAGCCUCCAAUGUUUAAAUCAUCAAUAGGACCUAGAAUUCCAUUAUCUGCUGCUUCUGCAGGCACUUCUGCAGGUGCAUCAUCAUCUAAUUCAGGCGCAGAGGAUGAUCCUUCUGCAGUUCCGCCCCCUCCUCCACCUCCUCCUCCUCCUCCUCUGCCAUUGGCCUCUGGUGAUGCCCCUGCCUUAGCCGCAUCUUUGCCUCUACCUCCUCCUCCUCCAUUGCCACCAAGGCCUGCUGCCACCAAUGUCAGUACUCCUUUGCCUCCACCACCUCCAGGUCCCCCUCCUCCUCCUGGUCCACCACCUAAAGAACCUGUCACAACUGGCCCUUUACCUCCACUGCCUCCACCUCCGCAACAAUCUGCUCAGCCACCUCCUCCUGGGUUAAAUGAUAGAAUUUUAUCUACAUUGUCAGCAGAUCGCCAGGGACCUGAGGAUGCUCAGGUAUCUGCCAUGCUUCCAUUACCACCGCCUCCUCCAGGAUUGCCACCGAAGUCUGCAGGUAAUCUGUCUGAGGGCUCACCUGAAUAUGAAGCCAGUAAUCCUUCCGACAACAAGGAUGUCACUAACUUGGUCCCACCACCACCACCUCCUCCAAGGCAACAACAGCCAGUGCCUAGACCUGGUAUGAUCCCAACCAUGCAGCCUGAUGUGUUACCACCUGGCAUGUCACGUUUCCGGCCGCCGCCACCUCCACCAGAUAUGCGACCACCAUUAUCUGCUGCCGGGCUUCCCAACCAAGGGGUCCCACCAGGAAUGAUGGUUCCCUUGCUUCCAAGGCCACCAUAUGGCCCUCCACCCGGAGCCCCUCCGAUGAUGAGGCCCCCGCUUCCACCUGGUCCACCACCCGCUCUGCUAGAAGAUGAACUCGCUGCUAUUAGGCCACCUGUACCCCCGAAGCCAUCAUAUGUGAAGUCGGCAGCCCCCACUGUUGUCAAGAGGCCACUUGCUCAGCAUACGCCAGAACUUACGGCCAUGGUUCCUGCAUCUGUUCGCGUGAGGCGAGAGUCUGUGGUUGCAAAAUCAAAACCGAAGCCAGCAGUCUCAACGACAGUAGCGGCCCCGCGACCUGCAACUCCUACAGUUGUGAAGCCAGAGGUUGUUAGUUCAUCUUCCACCGCUCCAAAGAGCAUUGAUGACUCGUACAUGGCUUUCUUGGAGGACAUGAAAGCACUCGGUGCACUGGACAGUUAAAAACUCGAUGGCAGCCUGUGUUUUCAAUAGGAGGAACAACAUAAAUCCAAGACACGGGGAGAACUUUAAACCUGGUACAACAGACUUGAAUGCUGUCGAGGUAGCGCUACUUGCAUCGGUAGAUUCCUUCUUUUGCUGCCAACUUAUGUCGGGUCGCCAGAUUAUCGCUAGCUUUGAGGUUAGGGAGAAGUGAGACGUGCAGUUCAGAUUCUGUUCCUAUUGGAAUUAUCUUCUCAUUUUGUUCAUUCGAACUGAAGGCUGCUAAUCUUCCAUUUUUCUGUUCA